AUGGCAACAGAGACUUGCUAUACCAUAAUCCACCAAGAUGACAGUCAAGAACAACCUUCUUUACAGGAGCUCAAGACAGCUCUUGAAAAAGGUUCAGAAGAAGCCAAGAUCGAGACUAUGAAAAAGAUAUUG